UGUGAGAGGCGCAGGAAGAGCCCACAGUGGGGGGAGGGUGAGAGGCACAGGAAGAGCCCAAAAGGGAGGUUGGCGGCAGAGGUGUAGGAAGUUCCUAAGGGAGCUGAGACAUGGGAAGAAUUCAGGCAAGGUGGUGAGGUAACACAUGGGCUGACACAGAGGAAGGGUGCAUACAGGCUUAGUAACUGAGGGGAAAACUCAAUUGCACAAAGGGAGGUGAAACACAGGAGAUAUACGGGCUGGUCCAGGGACAAAACAGAACUAGGAAUCGCACAAGGACUGCCUGAGGACCCAACCUGGAAAGUUGACAGUAACUGAUGAUAUGGCCUGAAGAUUUGAGAAGAAUGCAACAACUGACACCAAGUCUCUACUACACAGAAUAUUGUCACAACAGCAAGUUGGAGCUCACAGAGACAUCAGAAAUAUUUUUCCAGCAUGACUGAACUUCAGGGAAAGAAAUACUGGUUUCAGUCUUUAAAGUGUUAGAACUACAAGAGGAAAGUGUUCUUAAAGGAUACUACAUACCACUGUGCAUGAUUGGAGUUUACUUCAUAUGUUUUAGUUCCUGAAAGUUGCCAUAAUGAAAUUUUGCAACCUAUGGCUAUCAGUUGCAUUUGAUUAAAUUGUACUGAGUCAUGAAGACACUUGAUCCUACAGCUCACACGUCUUAAUAUGACUAUAAGGUGCCAGGGAUGUGAACUAAGGUUGAGAUAUACUUCUUCCUGAGAUUUGACCACGUUUCAGGCCAUACAUCUUGUCAAAUUGAAAAUGAGCUGUGUCCCCUGGAAAGGAGAUAAGUUAAAACUGGACUCUGAUGCUCAGGCAUCUGCUCUGAUUUACCAUGAAAAGCAAAGGAGAGAGCUGUGUGCACUUCAUGCCCUCAACAAUGUCUUCCAGGAUGGAAGAGCAUUCACCAGAGACGCCCUCCAGGAGAUUUUUCAGAGGUUGUCCCCCAAUACUAUGGUAACGCCGCACAAGAAGAGCAUGCUGGGAACAGGAAACUAUGACGUUAAUGUAAUAAUGGCUGCUCUUCAAACUAAAGGUUACGAAGCUGUUUGGUGGGAUAAACGAAGAGACGUUAAUACUAUUGCUCUUUCGAAUGUGAUGGGCUUUAUUAUGAACAUCCCCUCCAGCUUGUGCUGGGGUCCUGUGAAGCUUCCCCUUAAAAGGCAGCACUGGAUUGGUGUCCGCGAAGUUGCUGGGAUUUACUACAACCUCGACUCGAAGCUGAAACUGCCAGAUCAGAUCGGCAAUGAGGAUGAUCUCAGAAAGUUUCUGAAACACCAGCUGAGGGGGAAGAACUGUGAGCUCCUAUUGGUUGUGAGUGAAGAGGUUGAAGUUCAUCAGAGCUGGAGGACAGAUUGCUGACUUGGGGGAAGUCCCAGUAUGAACCAUGCCCUGCAGUCACUACAGCUCCAUGCUCAAGGGAUGAAGCAAAACUCUUAAACACAUCAGCUGAUGAAGUUUUUAUCGGUGGAAAAGGAAUUUCCUUUUAGCUCUACGUAUCUUUGAAAGACUUAAGUAUUUGAACUGAAAGUUGGUGCUUUUUUUUAAAAAAAAAGAAUUACUCAAGCAGAAAAUUGGAUGAGGGAUGAAAAGUGUCUAGUUUUUAUUUUGUUGUUUAGCAAAUUAAACAAUGUAAAUUGUAUAAAUAUUAAAAUUGGAGGGAAAUUAUCAGAAAUAAAGGCCAGACAAGGCUUCAGGUCAAGACUAAAGUUAAGCAAGAAUUUCAAGCAGCGAACGCAUCCCGGCACCAAGGCCCAAGUAAAUCUUUUGGUCCAAAAGUUACAACAAAAUGCUGGAAAUAUUCAGCUCAUCAGGCAGUGAAAGAACUGGAGCUUUUUUUUUAAAGUCAGUGACUUUUCAUCUAUAAAGUUGUUGCUUGAUUUAGAAUAACUAACCAUCAGCAUCCCUGCUGAGCCUCUUUCCUAAUCAGCAGUGGUUUGCCAAUACUUUAUUUUGUUAAAUUGAGACAUUAUCACUUCUUCUCACUCACGUAUUGGGAAAUCAAGCAGACAUUUGUUUGGGGCUUGUGUUGCUAAUGAUGAAGACAUUGGGGUGACGUCUCUGCUGCACAGUGUGAAACUUUUUUUAAAAUUUGGAAAUUGAUCCCUUCGCUGUCUACACACAGGUGUGAUUCAAAAGUGAUAAAUCAAGUUUUAAAAUUAAAUGUUUUGGUUACCUGCUUCUUAAAAUGGAUACCAAGAGUUUAAAAGUAGUAAGCACAUUGACAAUCUGGUCAAAGGUAUAGAGUAUUGUUAAGCUUGUUCAGAUCCUGUAGGUGUUAGUUUUCCAGUAUGUGUUGUAACUUGACAAAAGCUUGUACUACCUGUUAGUGCCAAUAAGAGUGUCUGUGUGAUUCAGAAUCCCUUUAGUAUGCUUUAUCAGUGAUAUCCAGGCAGUACCUUUAACAUAACUCACUAGGGAAUGGAGUCUGGCAGAUUUGCCAGUUGUACACCCUUGCCCAGUAUUAGUUUCUAAUGAUUACAGUAGGAGGGAAGGCAGCUGGGUGGGUUGUGAAACCUGUGACAAUCUGGUCUGUUUCCCCAGAACCGAUGGGGAGCUGAUUUUGGGUGGAAUUCCACCCCCCCAUGCUCUGACAUUAUGUCAGAAAAUAUUUGUCUGAUUGACCAAAGUCAGAAAUUGAAACCAGUGACAAGUCAAUAAAUAACUAAUGAGCAAUGUGGACCAGUUAAGUCCUGGAGAAGCAAGCAGUCUUUAUGCACCUUAAUAAUUGUCUGGACAAUCUAUUGGGGGAAGGAAAAGACAGCAGGGAGAUUCCAAAUUCCCCAAGUUAGAGAAUUUGUUAGCUAUAUUUCAUAAAAUUUAAGUUAUCUAAAUUAUGUAGCUUUUUAUUUAACUGUUCAGAUAACAUGGCCACUGUUGUAAGAACUGGAGACUGGGGUGAGCUGCACUCUUAGAUGAAUAGAUCCUGUUUGUCCUCGGAUUGUAGACAUAUCUGAUAACAAACACAGUUGUUCAUCUUGACCUGCAUUUCCGAGAGGGAUGCUCUAAACCAACACAUUUUGUAGUUUAACCGAUUGUAUUGAGUCUUGACGUAAGAUUGGGUGUUGAGCGAGGAGGAGGAGGAGGGAGCAUCAUCCUUUUCAUUAAUCACUGUUCCUGAUUUUUGACUGCUUCCUGACAGAUUGCACUCCUGGUAAACAGUGUAUCCCUGUGGAUUUAGAUCUUCCUUGACUUGACUUUAUACUAAGGGCACUGGUUAAAUUAAUGACUUCUCUGCAUUCCUUGAGUGGGCAUGAUAACAAUGCGACUCAGACAUGUUGGAAUCUAAAAUCCAGCAACAUGGACAAAAUAAUAAGAUGCAGGCUCCUUUGAUUAAAGAAAUGAGGAAAUGUUGAGAAGCCUCCAUCCCAUUCACAGGGUUGUGGUCAGAUCGAUCAUAGGCAUUGUAGUUCUGUAGACGGGGACCUCUGCAACAGGCAUCUCUGAGUCGGUCAAUUCCUGAGACUCAAAAGUACUUGUCACCAGCUGAGAAAUGUUACUGGUUUACAUCUUGAGGUGUGCCCAAACAGAGGGUAAGGAUGUGGGCCUUAGGAAGGAAUGGAGUUCAUUUCCAAAGUACCUUUCACAACCCCCAGAUGCUCCCAAAUGCUUUUGAAUUGUUUUCACUUCUGUAAUGGAAGAAUGAGCUUUAUAAGCACAAUGGCCUCACAUCACCUGUUUUGUGUGAAAUCACCUGCAGACUGAAAUAAGUGGUUGUCUAGGAUUUGACCAAGAGUUUGAACUGGCUGGAAACUGAAAUGAUUUGAAUUUUGUAAUUGCACUUCAAGGGAAAAUAAAAAUGUGAAAAGGCAUCUCAUUUUGGCAACGUUCAUCUCCUUGGUGCAAACAUUCAAACAGAAGAAUUGAGAGUGGUGAGGAUUUUAGUUUGACCUUGAGCUCAGGCUCAAAGUGAUAAAUUUGGUCAGCUCACUUGUGGUUAAACUAGGGAGUUCCAGACAGGUGAUGUCACAGCACAGGUUUGUAAGUUGCUAAAGCAGUCUGUCGGAUGCAUUUUUUAAUCUGGUCCUGGUAAUACUUUGUUUCCCGUGGAGCUACUGUUCUAGUUGGAAUGCAGAAUAACUGGUGCCUUGCCACUUGACCUGGUCCUCAUCUUGUUUCUAAGCCUUGAAAAUGUAAACAUGACUUGGCCCUCAAGUCUGUUAACCACUUCAAAGGUGGUGAGGUGUGGGAGGAAGAAAUAAGCAGGCAGUGGCCUGAAGGCAGCACCAUGUGUACAGGAACCAAAGGAGAAACAUUGAGGGAGUUAGUGUCCAAUCGUAUGUAGACUUCCUGGUUUAACUUUGUGAUAACAAUCAAAUGCUGAAUUAACAUUUGCAAAAGAAAUGAUGGAAGCAAAUUGCAAAUCUGUUGACUGGCACUCCAUUCUGCAGGAUAAAGGAGAAUUAUGUCACUGGCACAGUCCAGUUGCAUCCACGAGGAACACAUGGAGGAAAUUCCAAGUUGGGUGGUGCGGGGAGGUUGACAUUGCAUCAGCAUUUUCCAACAACCACCAGCUUCAAACUGCUGAAAACUGAAUUUAGAAAUCUGAAGGGUGCCUCAUUUGAGAAUCCGACACUUACCCAAGAGUCCGGUCUUGUUACCAAAGAUGAAUGAAUGAGAGAAAUGUGCAACUGAAGGCAUUUCUAUUUCCAACUGUUUGGGAUGUAGAUUCGAAGUUUUCUUAUAUUUCACCUGAGUAAUCUAACCUCCUAUAGCCACUGAGAUGGUGAUGAAUUUUCAGAUUUGCGCAGGAGGGAGCCAAGCUUUGGAGAUAUUAUUUAUAGGUUGUGGGAGUUUUGGAGGUAGAACUGUAUCUGUUGGGGUCUUGAGACAGAUGAUAUUUGUAGGAAUGGGGGUGUGGAAGUAGAGCUGGUAUUUUGGGGUCUGGAGAUGGUGUUUGUAGUUUGUGGAAACCAUUAAGUAAAGAAAACGCAAUAAUCCCAAGUAGAUUUUGUUAGUCUUGAUGAGGAAUGCCCAUAAAUCCUUUGGCCAAAGUUGCAGGAAUCCAAUACUGCAGCAUUUCUGGAUGUGACCCACCUGUAAACCUCAUCUUUUUCUCUGGUACAUGUCAGCAGUGUGAACUGGAAGGAAAACCUUUCUGCCAGGAUAGUAUUUCGUUAAGGGGUUGGGUUGGUUCUGGCCGUCCUCUUUUAGAAGAAGUUCUUAUUGAGUUUGUGUAUUCAGAAAACUGACCAAAGUUUGUUGCAGUUGGCAGCCUCCCCCAAUCCAACGUUGCUAUUUUUUUUCCAGUAAUCUGAUUGAAGCAAGGAAUGCUGAACCCGUUUGCAGGUGUCCAACAGGGACUCAGCAAACGUGUGUAUCUCCACUGCCUCUGUUGCACUUUAAAUAUUAUAACUUUAUUGCAUAGUUAACACAGAAACCUGGCGUGAUUGCAGGCAGAAAGGAAAUCAGUUUGUAUUUUUACAUAAUUAACAUCCGGUCACUAUUAUUUAUCCCUUGAAUUUGGGAGAGGGAUGAACAGUGCAAUGCUGUAUAAUAAACACUAUAUAUUUGGGUAAUUGUGAGGGUCAUUUUUGUUACAAUUCCUCAGGUCCCAGAAAUUGAGUUUCUGACCUGCCAGCCUUGUGACCCUUUCUUCAGCCUAUUUUGUGUUGUGUCUGUGAAUGGAAAACAAAACCCAUACUGUUUGAAUAAAAUCUUCCAUUAAUUUGUUUAAAUAUGAAACUAAUAGUUUUUUUUGUGGCCUUAAUGUGUAACAUAAACGAGUUUA